AUGCUCUGGCGCCGAUGGGCUCCGGCUGCGGUCGCUGCCGCCCUUCCUGGAGUCGCGCUGCGGCUAUCGAGCAGCGAGGCGAAGGACUACUACAAGAUCCUCGGUGUAGGCCGGACGGCGACGGCGAGUGACAUCAAGAAGGCGUACCGCAAACGGGCCCUGGAGACCCACCCGGAUCAGGGUGGAAAGAAGGAGGACUUUGCCGAGGUCGCCGAGGCUUACGAGUGUCUUAGCAACGAGGAAAAGCGCCGGGUCUACGACCAGUAUGGGUCAGAGGCCGCCUCAAACAUGAAUGCCGCCAAUGGAAUGGGUGGAUUUGGCCAUCACACGGCUGAGGACAUUUUCGCCGAGUUUUUCAAGGGCAGAAUGGGUGGAUUCGGCGGAGACAUGCGCCCCGGCCCCGCACAGGUGCAGCCCAUCGAGGUGAAGUUACGCUUGACACUGGAGGAGGUUUAUAAAGGGGUGUCUAAGAGGCCUCGGGUAAACAGGCCCGUGAAGUGCGCCGAUUGUCGCGGUUUCGGGACGAAGAGUCAGACAAAGAAGCCAAACUGCCCCCACUGUGACGGUAGUGGUCAUGUUGUACACCAGCACCGCAUGGGUCCUGGGAUGGUGCAGCAGACGGUCUCACAGUGUCCCCGUUGCGGCGGCUCCGGCACGAUGGCAAAAGCAGAUGAUAAGUGUCCCAAGUGCCAUGGAAUGGGCUACCGUCACCUGGCACAGGACGUAAAUAUUGAUAUCCCCCCCGGGGUACCCGCAAAUGUCACGCUGGUGGUGCGUGGUGAGGGGGGAACCAUGCCUGACGCGGAACCAGGAGAUUUGCAUGUGCAGAUUGAGGUGGCCCCUCAUAAAACAUUUACCCGACGCGGUGAUGAUCUAUUGAUGAGGAAGGAAAUAACCCUCUCGGAGGCUCUCUUAGGCGUGCAAUUGUCUGUGAGAAUGUUGGAUGGACGCCAGGUGUUGGUAAAGGUGCCUCACGACACCGUUCUCCGCCCGGACAGCGUUCUCAAGGUCUCUGGAGAGGGAAUGCCAGGAACCAGCGGUGGACGCGGUGACCUCUACGUUAUCACCCACCUGAAGAUGCCGCACAAGCUCACAACUCAGCAGCGCGAGGCCAUCAUUAAGGUCUUUGGCAAACCACACGAGGAGCAGCACACCCCCAACGAGAAGACAACCACUGCACGUGUGAUGCGGGAGUCUGCGCAGGAGCUGGAGAAUGCGAUGCGCGACCAUUGGGAUGCUCAAGAAAGCGGCAGUGUUGGUGGUGGUGGUCGCGGAAGGCAGAGGUCACAGCAGGCAGAGUGUGUCCAUCAGUAG